AUGAUUAUUGAAAACUGCGACCAGUUGCCAGACCUCGACGGCCGCCAAGAUUUUAAGGAGGAUGUUAACGAAGAUGAUAGUGAUAUUGAUACCUUCGAUCAAACACCUCGUGAAUCAGAGCGAACAACAGAAAUAGCGGGUGAAAAUCAGCGUAGGCUUGACAUUUAUUACGUUUUACUUGCCCUUGCUGUUUUAUUGUUUUCCACUAUAUUCUGGAAGUUAAUAACUAAAGGUACCAAAACUCCUUCCACCGAAAACUUUUGCGGUAAUGUCGUUCAUAAACAUGAAGUAGACGGUGAGACUUAUGUGUUUUCUAUUUAUGAAUAUGUAAAUGCAGGAUAUAGCUGUGAUAACAAUGGCAGCGAAAACCGUAUAAAAUACCCAGACCUAGCUAAAUCCAUAAUAGAGAUAAAGAAUAAGACCGGCGGUCAUAUUAGUAUGCUUCAAUUAGGAAGCACAGUAGGAUACACAAGAGUCUUAGUAUCGCGAUAUACGGAAGUUCUUUUCAAUGGCAUAUUAUGGCGGAUUGUUGACGGUUAA